GCUCCGUCCGUGUCACUGGGGCGGAGCGGCGGCCAUGGCCGCCCUGCGCACCCUGCUGCGGUGGCGCCGCCGCUUGGGCCCCGCGCCCAGCGCGCAGCCGGCGCGGCGGCUGUGGGCCGGCGGCGGGGCCGGGGCGGCGGGGCUGAGGCGGUGGCGGCGGGAGCUGGGCUGGGCAGCGGGGGCAGCUACGGCCGGAUACGUGGGGUACCGGCUGUCCGAGCGGCGGCGGGAGCCCCCCCGGGAGCCGGCAGCCGCCGAGCCGAACGGGACCCGGCCGCUGCUCCCCAUCCCCGUGGCGGCCGCUGCCAAGGAGACGGUUACAGAAAACAGAUCAGACCUUGAAGAUUUACAUCUUUAUGCAACUCCUCGGGAGCAACGUUUUCGUAGGUUUGCCAGUUUAGAAUUUGAAGGACAGCUAUACAUGACUCCAUAUGACUUCAUUCAGGCUGUCACAAGCGAUGAACCCAAACGUGCUAAAAAGUGGCGAUCUCUUUCAAAGCAGGAACUGAAUCAGAUCCUUAUGGAAACACCACCAGUUUGGAAAGGAUCAUCCAAACUUUUCCGUAAUCUUAAUGACAAAGGUGUGAUAUCUUACACAGAAUAUUUAUUCCUCUUAUGUAUUUUAACAAAGCCACAUGCAGGUUUUAGAAUCGCUUUCAACAUGUUUGAUACUGAUGGCAAUGAGAUGGUGGACAAAAAGGAAUUCUUGGUGCUACAAGAGAUUUUCAGGAAAAAAAAUGAGAAGAGAGAAAGAAAAGGAGAUGAAGAAAAGCGUGCAAUGCUGCGUCUUCAACUUUAUGGAUAUCAUACUUCUACUAACAGUGUGCUUAAAACAGAAGGAGACGACCUUGUCCCCAGAAGCUAUUGGGAUACUUUGAGACGUAGCACAAGCCAAGCACUCUUUUCGGACCUUGCAGAGCGUGCUGAUGAUUUUUCAAGUUCACUGUCAGAUACGACACUGCUUGUACACUUUUUUGGCAAGAAAGGAAAAGCUGAACUCAACUUUGAAGAUUUUUAUAGGUUUAUGGAUAACCUACAAACUGAGGUUCUAGAGAUAGAAUUCCUUUCCUACUCUAACGGGAUGAACACCAUCAGUGAGGAAGACUUUGCCCAUAUUCUUUUGAGGUAUACAAAUGUGGAAAAUACAUCAAGUUACCUGGAAAAUCUGCGCUGCACAAUUCCGGAAGAAAAGGGUAUCACAUUUGAUGAGUUUAGAUCAUUUUUCCAAUUCUUGAACAACCUAGAAGACUUUGCAAUUGCAAUGCAAAUGUAUAAUUUUGCAAGUCGUUCCAUAGGCCAAGAUGAAUUCAAGCGUGCUGUGUAUGUAGCCACAGGUGUGAAGCUUUCAUCACAUUUGGUGAACACAGUGUUCAAGAUUUUUGAUGUUGACAGAGAUGACCAGUUGAGUUACAAAGAAUUUAUCGGCAUUAUGAAAGACAGACUCAGUCGAGGGUUUAGGGAGACUCCAAAGUAUGGUUGGAAAGAGUAUUACUCUUGUGUGAUGACUGUAACCAGUGAACAUCUCAGAGAUCUAUGGAAGCAAUUUCGGAGGCGAGAUACACUGAGAUAAAGGAAGGCAGAAGGAUUAUCUGCACUGGCUGGAACUAUUUAUUCCUGUGAAUUUUUAUGAAGAACAAACUAACCCAGGUGAAUUGUGAAUCUUCCAGCUGCAGUAGAAAAUACAGGAGUUCUUUUUCACCUAAUGUAGUGAUCAUCAACUCUUUAACAACCGCUUUUAAGUAUGUAUUUUAUUUAAAUUACAAACUGUCACCUGACUGGCAGAAGGCUUUUUUUAAGAAUACAUUUUGAAUAUUAUAUUUUAUUAUUCUAAAAUACAUUUGUCAUUCAAGAGAAAACAAAAAUAAGUUUUACAUCUGGGUAGGCAAACAUUUUGGCAAUGAAGAAAAACUGCCCCACAUCAGCUUAGACUGUGAAUUUGCUUUCAGAACAGCACUACUAAAAGCUGGUGCUAAACUGGGAAUGAGAAUACACUAAGUAGCAUAACAAUUAGAGUUGAAUGUACAGAUUGAAUUCUUAGAAGCUAACAAAGCUGUUACUUUUAAAAAGAGUAAAGCUGUUAUGGUUGUAAUGUGAAUGAAAGGUACUGUAUGGACUAUAAUGUUCAGAAUCUCCCAAGUCUUACUGUUAUGUUUAUUAAUUUAUCCUUUAAAAUUUUUUAAGAUGUCUUAUGAGCAGGAUGUUGAAGUAAAGUAAAAAUGUUCAAAUUCAUGUUAAUUAACACACACUUUGUAUUAUUUAUUAUAAAAUUUAUUGACAUACAUAUACAUUCACUAAUAUAUUUCUGGUAGAGUAAAACUUCAUGUGUUUCUUGUGAAUAGUGCACUUUUAUAUGAAGUAAGUUGUGGCACUGAAUAGAAAUUAUAGUUGUUUCCUUUGCUACUUGGGAAUGCAGUCUCUGACAAAUAGAUAUAUAAUUUGUGUUUGUGUCAAAGAAAAAGGCAAAGCAAAACAUGAAUGCAUGCAGCAGUACAGAGCAACACUCACUAAAUAAUAUUAUUUAAUAGUAUUAGACAUAAAUUAGGCCUUACACAGCAACUAAAGGCAGUCAGUACCUGCUGUGCCCUUUUAUGCCCUGUGGGUUUAAAUGUUACUGAAACAGUGAUCAGGAUACUAUUACAUUUGGUUUUCAUAUUCUCUACACUUUUUCUUUGCUAUUCAGCAACAGCAUUUUCCUCACUCCUUUCAUAAUGAUUGUUAGGUAGUGUGAAUUAAACCCAAACAAAGACGAACACAUACGUCUAUGUCCAUGGAUGUUAAAUAAGUCUGUAUGUUUUUAGGAACAAACUGUGCCUUGAAAUAUUUCUAGCUGAAUACACACACACAAAAACUUACGUCAAUAAAUUAUCGGUAAAGCAAAUAAUUAAAAUAGAACAAAAGUAAUGGUUUUUAAUCCUUUAUUACUCAAAAUACCUGUAAGCAAACUUCUCAAAAUAGUAUUUAGUGCACAUGUUGCUCAAAUACUGUUUUACAUCACACGUGAAAAGAUUUAUAGUAUCUGUGUAAGUAGACAAAAGUUUAGAAAUAUUUAAUUUACAAUAAGACUGAUCUCUGAAAAAAAAAAAUCAAAACAAAAUGAAAAGGAAGAUGCAUAUUAAGAAAUCCCACUCGGGUAAUUUUAGGGAAAAAUUGUGCUAGAUGUGGCUUUUAUCUGAGAAAAAGCCAGUUCAGAAAUCUUUUGAAGGAUAGUAACUUAGUUAAUACUUCAAUAUAAGUACUUAGCAAAUUUCCACCUUGGUGUCCUUGCACUACCAACAACAAGAAAAAUCAAAUAAAUUGGAGUAAAGACAGAACAGAACAUGGAUAAGCUGCAAUUCCUGUGUGAUCAUUUAGGGAAUUAAUUGUAUUCAAUGUAUCAUCUUGGUACACGGAACUGUCUCACUGCUUCUUGUCAGCAUAUGCAAAACCCAAUUUGCUACUUCAGUGAUGAGGGACAAAAAAUGGGAAGAAAGGUCAGGGAGUUAUUGAAGGGGUUCCCCUCCUUCCUCUUCAUUCACUACUGCCCACUCACAGUGGUCCCCCCCUUUGAGGGAGCAGCAGCACCAUCACCAUCUUGCUCCUCCGCUGCCCUAAGCAAUAGUGCACUUUGCUUUUAUGGCUGGCUUGAGACAAUUUUAUUGUUUUUCUAUAUAUUUGCUAACUAUAGUCACUUAAUAAAAAAUAGAAUGUGAAAGUGUCAGAUUAGUUUUUAAGAGUAUUUUUCUCAUAUUUAAUAAGCUAUUUAAUAUGAAUAUAUGCAUAUAAUAUUCAUGUUUAUUUCAAAAUAAAUGCACCUGGAACUAA